GCUGUAGAGGCAUCGUACACGACUUAACUAAUUUGCAUGUGUUGAUAAACACACACCGACGCGGAAGUAAAACAAAAGCAACAAUAAAUCACUUAACUAUUGGCCGUUUUUUGAGAUAAUCAAUCAGGUAAUUGAAAGCAGCUGGAAAGGCAGCCGGAAAAUGUCCCAGCAGUCGUCGUACUUUGUGGGUGUAGACGUGGGCACGGGCAGUGCAAGGGCGGCUCUGGUGGCAGCCGAUGGCCAGGUGGUGGAGCAGGCGGUGCAAGCGAUCAAGACGUGGACGCCGGAGCCCCAUUACUACGAGCAGUCGACCGAAGACAUUUGGUCUGCAAUCUGUAAGGUUGUGAAGAAUGUCAUUGCCGGCGUCAAUAAGACACAAGUCAAGGGCAUUGGCUUCGAUGCCACCUGCUCCUUAGUGGUCCUGGGCCUGAACGGAGUGCCGCUGACAGUCAGCAAGUCUGGUGCGGUGGAGCAGAAUGUUAUCCUCUGGAUGGACCAUCGGGCCGAGAAGGAGACGGCGGAGAUCAAUGCCAAGAAGCAUCCUCUGCUGCAGUACGUGGGCGGUCAGGUCUCCCUCGAGAUGGAGGUGCCGAAGCUGUUGUGGCUGAAGCGGAAUCUAUCCAAGACUUAUGGCAGCAUCUGGCGGGUCUUUGAUCUGCCCGAUUUCCUGACCUGGCGUGCCACCGGCGUGGACACCCGCUCCCUCUGCUCGGUUGUCUGCAAGUGGAACUACGACGCGGCGGCCAACAGCUGGAAUGAGGAGUUCCUGUGCGGCGCGGGACUGCAAGAGUUGAUUUCAAACAACUUCCAGAAGCUCGGCAGCGAUGUCCAGCCGCCUGGCAAGCGCGUGGGCAAGGGUCUCUCCAUUGGCGCUGCCGAGGAUCUGGGCUUGUCUGUGGGCACUGUGGUCAGCACAUCGCUGAUCGAUGCCCAUGCCGGCGCUCUGGGCAUGUUCGGCUGCCGCGCUGGUAGCUCUGCAGAUGCCGACGACGUACAGGGGAAAAUGGCCCUGAUAGCUGGAACCUCCACCUGCCACAUGAGCAUCACCCGAGAGGCCUGCUUUGCCAAGGGCGUUUGGGGCCCGUACCAGGAUGCCAUUAUACCCGGAUACUUCCUAAACGAAGGCGGCCAGAGCAUUGCCGGUCAUCUGCUGGAUCAUGUGCUGAAGACACACGAAUCCUACGGCGAGCUCAAGGAAAAGCUGGGGGCAGAUAAAAAUAUUUACCAGCAUCUGAAUCAGCUACUGCCUGAGCUGGCUGCUGCGCGCGGCCUCAGCGAAGUGUGUUGCCUCACCCAGGAUGUGCACGUCUGGCCUGAUUUGCACGGCAAUCGCUCGCCCGUUGCCGAUCCCACACUGCGAGGCAUAAUCACUGGCCUGGAUAUGACGCGCGGCAUUGAAUCUCUGGCCAUCAAAUACUUGUCCUACACUCAAGCCCUGGCCUACGGAACGCGUCACAUCAUCGAAAACUUGUAUCAGCAUAAGCGGGCACCGUUCCAAACGCUUCUGUUCUGCGGCGGUCUGGCCAAGAAUCCGCUGUACGUGCAAUGUCAUGCUGACAUCUGCAACUUGCCCGCGCUGAUACCGGAUGAACAGGAAAUGGUUCUGGUGGGAGCUGCUGCCCUGGGAGCUGCAGCCGCCGGUCACUUUGAUAGUGUCGAGAGCGCCUCGAAAGCCAUGGGUGGCACUGGACAGCUGUUGGAGCCUAAUCGCCAGACCUUGGAGUUUCACAAUCGCAAGUACAAGGUGUUCCUACGGCUGCUGGAGCAUCAGCGGCAGUACAGGAGCAUUAUGAACGGAGAGGACCUUUAAAUUUUGUCAACACUAUAAUAAUUUGUAACAUACAAUAUGCUAUACAUGGCA